UAAAAAUCAGAGCUCGUAGAAAAGGUCCACAGAACCAUUGAGAUUUAAGAACAUUGGAAAAUUAGGCUAAAAUCCCACCUGAGCAAUGAAUGCAACUAGUUCUACACACAGGACGUAUCUUGAACCUGACACUACCAACAAAGGCUUUUGUACCAAGUAUGAAAUAUGGCUGGAAAGUGUCUUCCAACGUCCCGCCGACAUCAUGUUCCUGCGCGGCUCGAAGAAGCGACGGUCGAACCGCUCGCAGGACGAAGAGGACCCAGACAGAGGCCAGCCCUGUAUGCGCUGCGGAGAUCAGUGUCCCGGCUUCCACGUCCACGGCUGGAGGAAGAUCUGCGUGCACUGCAAGUGUGUGCGAGAGGAGCAUGCAGUGCGAUCGGUGCCUGGGCAGCUGGAAAAGAUGAUGACGAAGCUGGUGUCGGACUUCCAGAGACACUCCAUCUCCGACGACGACUCGGGAUGCGCCUCCGAGGAGUACGCUUGGGUCCCACCAGGGCUCAAGCCUGAACAGGUGUACCAGUAUUUUAGCUGCUUACCCGAAGACAGGGUGCCUUAUGUGAACAGUCCAGGAGAGAGAUACAGAAUCAAACAGCUGCUGCACCAGCUUCCAGCCCAUGACAGCGAGCCUCACUACUGCAACUCUUUGGAUGAGGAGGAGAAGAAAGAGCUGCGUGAGUUCAGCCAGCAGAGGAAACGAGAUAAUUUGGGCAGAGGCGUCGUCAGACCUUUCCCUGUUACCAUGACCGGAGCCAUCUGCCAGCAGUGCGGCAGACAGAUCUGCGGCGGAGACAUCGCUGUGUUCGCCAGCCGGGCCGGCCACGGCAGCUGCUGGCACCCCCAGUGUUUCCAGUGCUCGUCCUGCAGCGAGCUGCUGGUCGACCUGAUCUACUUCUUCCAGGACGGGCAGAUCUACUGCGGUCGGCACCACGCUGAGAGGCUGAAGCCCCGCUGCCAGGCCUGCGAUGAGAUUAUUCUGGCAGACGAGUGCACGGAGGCAGAGGGGCGGUACUGGCACAUGAAGCACUUCUGCUGCUUUGAGUGUGAGGCAGCGCUGGGCGGUCAGCGCUACAUCAUGAGAGAGAGCAGACCCUACUGCUGCUCCUGCUACCAGUCGCUGUACGCAGAGUACUGCGACACCUGCGGAGAGACCAUAGGUAUUGACCAGGGCCAGAUGACGUACGAGGGCCAGCACUGGCACGCGGUGGAGUCGUGCUUCUGCUGCGCCCGCUGUCGCCUGCCUCUCCUCGGCCGGCCCUUCCUCCCUCGCGGCGGGCUCAUCUUCUGCUCCCGGUCCUGCUCGCUCGGCGACGAUCCCAAUAACUCGGACUCGUGCGACUCGGCGCUGCAGAGCAGAUCCCCCCAUCACAGCAGCAGACGGUGGGGGACACCAGAGAGGCUGCACUGCGGUUCCCCUCUGCAGCCACUAGAGGGCGUCAAACACACUCCAGCGAAGGACUGCAUCUACACUGCCGCGGAAAACAGAGGGAUUCCCUGCAGCUCUGCGGUUCAGAAUGCCGGCCAUCCUCACACAAGAGGCUCGUACUCGCCUCUUCCCCACAUUCAUCUGGGAAACGGCCUAGGACCGUCCUGGCCCAGCGACGUCCCACAUUACAGUCUGAUACCAGGGGAGAGCCGCGUCAAACCCCCAGGCACUGGUUUUCAGUUGCAGGGAGAGCUGAAUGGAAAAACCAGACUAACUGGUCGCAAUUCAAAAGGAACCUCCACCAACAAAGACUGCAAGAACUGGGUGGAAAAGACGAAUCAGGCAAUGCAAGACACGCCUCCCCCUUCAUCAAACAGCUCCCCCAUCCUCCCGCCUCCUCUGCCAGCUAAGUCCCGGGACCUGAUGCUGCAGGACGCCGGCCCUCAGACCCCCUCCCACCUGAAGGACCGGCCCCCUGACUCUCCUCCGCCGCUCACACGCAGCGGUCAAGCUAGAGUCAGCUUCAGGGAGCCAAUCAGCAGCAGCUACUCCGUAGAGGACGACGAGGAGGACGACGAAGACGAGGAGGGGAGGCUUCAAGUCGGUGUGGGAAACCGGCAGGGUGGUGGUGAUGAUGAUGAUGAUGAUGCUGAGGAAGGGGGUUUUGGAAGCAGGCUGCUUCUCCAGAAAGGCAUCCCACCACAGAUGGAUCUACUGGAUGGUUCUUCAUACCAUCAGCGUCACCUGCGGCGCGGGCCGGGUCGCUCCCGUACCUCCUCCGACCCCGUCCUCCAUUCGGGCUCAGACAGGCGCCUCAGAGGCUCUCGGCCCGAAAGGCCCUGGCUGGACACUCUGGACCCGAGGGGUGAGAAAGAGCGAGACGGACGCAGCUCCUGCAGCGUCCCCUCCCUGAGCCUCCAGCACGGACCCUACAAGCACGAGGACUCCUGCUCCACCUGCUCCUCCUCCUCCGAGUCGGAGGAGGAGGGCUUCUUCCUGGGGCAGAGGAUCCCGCUGCCGCCGCAGCUCCGGCAGCAGCCGCCCGAGGACGGCCGGGCCAGGAGGACGGAGCGGGGACUGGAGGGGGAGAGAGAGCGGGGCCUGAGAGGCAGCAUAAGGAGGAGAAGAGCUCUGAGUCAGAGCGCAAAGGACAAAGACAAAAACUGCGCCGUCUCCUGAGUGCUAGCAUCUGGAAAGCCCAACAGAUGUUCAGGAAUGGUUGGAACCAGAGGUGUUGAGCAUUAUCGCUCCGGUUUCUGACGUAGUGUCAACCCUCGGCCUCCGAAGACAUUUAUGUUGACGCUGCUGGUCGUUAUGUGAGGUGGAGAUGUUUUACGUACGGUGCAAAAGCCUUUAAAUAAAUUCAUCUUUUAUGGAAGCGCAACGACAUUAAACUAAAGAAAGAU